CGGCCACAGUCAUGCGAGCUCAAAAGUCAGAGGUAGCAUUACAAUAACAGACCGCAGCUUAUGUAUUAAAAUCAUUUAAAAAAAGGCUCAACAGUUAUUGAUGAGGAUUUAAUAACCCAUAAGAACCUGGUUCCCAGUAUGUGUCAUCGAGUCAAUGAUGUCAUGAAGCUGUGCUGCGAGUUAUCUGCCAAUCAGCAAAUCCAGACCACGGUGAAAGGCUCGGGGAAGGGGGCAGCAGCGGCCGGAGGGCUGGCCUUUGCUGGAGGGUUGGUCGGGGGUCCUCUGGGUAUUGCUGUGGGCGGUGCCGUCGGAGGCCUCCUGGGCUGCUGGCUGACCAGUGGACAAUUCAAACCGCUGCCUCAGAUCAUCAUGGAGCUCAGUCCCCAGCAGCAGCAGAAGCUCUACGCUGAUCUCAUGCUCGUCCUGGGGGACGUUCAGUGGACAGAUCUGGUGCAGCUGUCUGCUUUGGUGAUGGGCAACGCCGCCCUGAAGCAGCAGGUGACCGCCGCCCUGCUCGGGUAUAUCACCAAGGAGCUCCAGGCGGAGGUGCACUACGUGGAUUAGGGGGUGGGUGUGUGUGUGUGUGUGUGUGUGUGUGAAACAAUGGAGAAGUCUUUGACAAUAAUGUGAACAAUUUUUUUAUGAAGCCAGAAAGACCCUUAACUGAAGGUGAAAUCACAUUCACAGCAACGGGUGUCACUGGCUAAAAAGCAGGUUUGCAAAUUAUUAUAAAUUAAAACAGCUGUUUAUCUGGGAUAACAUACUGACGGGCGGCCACUUCUCAGUUAAAGAAAUCAUUUAUUUAUUAUGGCUCUGAUGAUCGUGGCUGGUUUUAAAUGUUACUCUGGAUUGACUACUCAAAUGAUGUGAACAGCACACUCAUAUUUAAAUGCAGAGGAUUGUGUACAAAAUGAGUGGCAACUGUUCAGAAGUGAAAUAUUUUUGAUUUGAUGUGAAUUCAGCAAGUUUACAUUUUUUUUAUUUGUGUACAGCAUAUUGUAUUGUCAUCACAUUGGGUCAGUUCAAACUAUUAAUUGCUUUCAGCAAUUAAAAAUUCUUAGUUACACUGUUUGCUCCUGCCAUUAUAAAAGUGUAACCUAUGAAA